GUUCUAAACCCGGCUCCAGGGGCAGGGACAGGGCGACGUUCAGUACUGUGGCGUCCGAGGGGUGCAGCCCCGCGUUGUGAACCAGAAAGAACGCUCGAAGGGCUCUCCUGACGUUGACAGUCGACGGUUUAAGACCUCGCUAGACACUGUAUGUGAAGCAUUCCCAGAACUGUUCAACCAACUCAACAGCAGCUACUUCCCUGUGACUGGAUCCUGAUUAAGGUCCUCCCAAGAAAGACUUCAUUGGAUCCACGCUCAAGAGGACACUGCCAAGUUUUCCUGACCCCUCUACAUCACUAUAAAGCGCUAAGGCCUUAAGACUUGGUUACUUGUAUUACAACGGCAAGAGUGCCAGCACCCACCAAAGACUCAUUGGACUGUCAGCUUCUGUUUCACCAAACAGACAUAAUAACUUACCAGCAAAGCAGAGUAAGCCAAGUGCCUCUGCACAUACCACCAGCUGAUAACACACAAGAAAAAGUAACUUAGACUAGAACCCUGUCUUUUCUUAAGAAGCUGAGAUUUAAAGGAGCUCUUGUGACAUCUGUGCUGCUAGUAGUGACUGAUAACAUAGACUGGAUCAGUCCCUGAGUUUGGAGACUGGCUACAAGUGAGUGAAAAAUAGACAAAGAAAUCUUGAAGAAUUGCACGGAGGUGCAAGCCAAAUUUUAUCCUCUCCAAGUAAUGGUGGUUGGACUGAGAAAGUGCUAAACCAAAACUGUAAUAGGUCUGGUUACUUGGGUGUCUCUCUGUAUUAUCAUUGUUGCCUCUUACUGUUACAUUUGCUGUCUGUGUUGUCUCUCCAGAUCCCAAUGUUUUCAGAUAAUUCACAUUGCCCUGACUGUGGGCAGCAGUGGUUCCCUAGUUUAGAACUAGGCCAUUGGUUGUACCAAACUGAACUGGUUGAGAAUGAAUGUUACCAAGUCUUCUUAGACUGUAUUAACAGAGCUGAUUAUUGCCCUGAGUGUUACCCUGAUAAUCCUGCUAAUAGAAGCCUUGUUCUUCCUUGGUCUUUCCCACUUGAGUGGGCUCCUCAAAAUCUUACCAGGUGGACCUUUGAAAAAGCUUGCCACCCAUUUCUUCUGGGUCCUCCACUGGUUAGAAAAAGAAUACAUGACUCUAGAGUUGCUGGUUUUAACCCUGCAUUACAGUUAAUCCUGACAAGGACAGACAAAACCUUAAACAAAAAACUUGGCCAAAGCAAGUAACUUCUUUAAACAGUCAAGAUCAUGGAGACUCUAGAGGGUUUUGUACUAGUAGCCCAAGGAAGAUGGAAAAAUGACUCCUUUCUAUAUCUGAUCCAGACUGUCACUGCUUUGGGAAACUGCUUAAAUUGUUGGAUCUGCUUCCAGGGUCUAUGCAUCUCUCGUUCAGCAUGAAUUUAAUUAUUAGUCCAAGCCAGACUGUUCCUCUGGAACCUGACUAAUCCAUAUUUCCUAUGUUUUGGAAUUAGCUUGCUCCUCCUAAAAGUCUCCACAGCCUAAUCAUUGACGUUAUUAUGACAAGGUAGUCCUGGAGGAGAAGCCUUAUACUGUGUGUACUUUAAUUCUAGUAAUAACUUUUGUGGGAAAGCAUCCUUGUAGUUGAAUUCUAGAUUAUUCCAGUAAAACAAUUAGACAUUUAAUAAGAAUCUAUAUUCUCAAUUCCACCUCUUACAUAUUAAUCAGUGAUAAUUAUAUAUAUAUAAGAUUUAUUCAUAUCUAACCAAAUAUUCAUCAUUGGCUCUAUUUGGUUUAUUCUCAGUGGGCUUUGACCUUCCUUAUUAACUGGUCACUGUCAGAGAAACCACAUUCAAUCAGGCAAUACCUGUAUAGGUUACAGAAUAAUAUGCAGAAAUGCCACUAUCUAGUUACUUGGCUCUACGUAAGCAAAGACUAUCCUGUCUUUGUGGUUGACUGAACUUAGAAUGUCCUCUGGAAAUGGAAAAGUACCUGUAUUAGGAGCUAGGUGACAGAAGGAGUUAUCAAACUUGACUCCAUAUAGAUUAUGAACAGUUUAGGGGAAGCAUUUUUCUUAGAACUAAAAAGGACUUACCUGACAUUGGCCUCAUUCUGGCCUUCACUUGUUCAUAAGAAUCAUGGAACCAGAGUUUGAGUUAAGAAACUUGGAAAAAGCAGCUGAAAACAUCUCAGAGUCCACUUAACAGUUUAAAAAUUUCACUUAAGAUGCUAAAUAAUCCAUUGCUUGUGUAGCAACUCAACAAUGGUCUCAAGGUCCCAGGUUCUUUCUGUCUUUCCCCUCUGGGAUCCUUAUUGUAUUGGCUUUUUGUCCUCAUAGUUGUUUUCUCAGUGAAUACAAUGUAGCUUGUUGCUGUUCCAGACAUUUCAGUCUCUCUCAGACUGGAAGUAGGGAGCAAAAACUUUGUUCUUUCAAGUCUCCAUUUUUUAUUUGGGAAGAAAAUCUCUCUCUCAAAAGUCCCUCAGAUUUUUCCUUGCAUUAAUUACAUCAGGGAUUUUCCCUUACAUCCUUGAUUCAGAAGGGGGCCUGGGAAACCUGACAGAGGGGAAUGGAGUUGACAUUGCCUGGGUAGGACACGUUGUCUCCCCUAAUAAAAUCAGGGCUCUUUGAGGAAGAAGUGAGGGAUGAAUGGCUGUUGGUAUGCAGCAAAUCAUGCCUGCCACAUGUUGUUUAAAGUCAUUUGUUAGUCUGUAUAAAGAAUGUACCCCAGAGAUCUACCCUGUAUCUGCCUUAUGUCUGUCAUGAUUGACGUUCUCUUCUGUUCUAUUGCUGAAUAAAUUGUGUAUGGACUGCUAAAA